AUGGAGAACGUAAACCAGUCGACGUGCUCAUUAUGUGGCAAGAAGUUCCCUUUCGAGCAAGCACUCAGAGUGCAUAUUCACCAACAUCUCUUGUACAGGAAGUAUGAAUGUGGAUCAUGUACAAAGCUGUUUUACACUGAGGUAGAGCGGGAUGCGCAUUGCAAAGAAAAAGAACACUUUCACAAAUUCGGAGUGAAAUUUUCUCCUUAUUGUGAGCUUUACGUAAAUCAGCUCUUGAAAGAUGCUGAAUAUAUUGCCAUGUAUGGGAUUGACAAUGUUGUCACGCAGAGAAGUAAAUCGAACUUCGCUUGCGAUGCGGCCAUUAGUAAGUUGCCAAUCGAAGGAAAUAUCAAUGCUACGAAAUGGAAACGCAACGGCUUACAUCCUCAACCAUUGUCGAAUGAACCAAUUGAAGCAAGGAAUUCGUCCACUUCCAGUGAAGUAGAUAGGGAUACAGAAGUUUCAUCUUCUGUCAGUGUGCCGCAAAACGAACCAAAGAAAUCCAAAGGUCGAGUUCGGAUGCCUAGUGGCGACUGGACGCAAAUCGAACUGGACACCACCUCUGCUAUAUCUCCAGCUACACAAAUACUAGGUGAAGCUUUGCGCACAAAUACCCCUGAAGUACGAUGUAUGAUCUGCAAAACAAUGACUGCUUCUGAAUACGUAAUGCGCAAAGAUCACGUUUCGUCUGUUCAUAUGCCUAAGGAUCACACGGAAUCCGACUAUGUUGAAAUCUUGAGUUCUGUGAUGCAAAAAGCAUACCCAACUUUAACAUACAAUGACCUUCAAUGUCAGAUUGGGGGAUGCCGGAAAGAAUAUAGAUGUCAGUCGGCCAGGCGAGCACAUGUCCUACGUAUUCAUUUCCAGAAUGAACUCAAUUGUCCAAUUACAAUGUGUUCAUUCCGCUCAAAUGAUUUUCCUCGAAUCAACACUCACUUAAAGCAAGAUCAUGGUCUCCCCAACGGCUACAUGUCAAUACAAAGCUCUGCAGUUCGAGAUCAGUUCACCAGCGAGAGAGCAAAACAUAAUCAUCAGCUGACAACACUAGUCCAGCUAGCGUUCCCUUGCCCUGUUCCAGACUCCUUCAAGUCCAAUUCCCGUGUCUCAGAUGCAAGCUCUCCCGGCGACACUGUACGCGAUCUUAUUACGCGCCUUCGAGAUAAGGAGAGAAAGUUUCAGGCUGCUCCUCCAAAUCCGCUGCGUUUACUGUCUCCUAGCUCAAGUUCCGAUUCUGACUCGACUGAGUCUGAAAAUGUAAAGCUUUCACCACAGAAGAACGAGCAUACUUCUGAGAAUAAUGUCGUUGCCAAACGGAAAAAGAUAGAUUCUCCUUCGUCGUCGUCUUCGUCAUCUGAUACUGAUAAUGGCGAAGAGGGUAGAUCGUCCUCGCUCAGUAAUCAUAGUCAAAGAUGCAGUGCCACAAAUACUUCUAAAGAGAAGGAAGAUGAGACGCCACAUCGAGAAUGUGACAUUGAUUCAAUGGUGAAUAAUGCAUCUGAGAAGACAGAUACUAACUCUGAAAGUGACGACGAAGUACAGGUUGUGGAGUGUGUUUCAUCGAAAAUGGGACACGAUGUGACCGAAAAACGACUUAUUGACGAAGUAGUCAUAGAUGAUGAUGAGAUAGAAGGCACCAAUACACCUUCAAGUAGCAAAACUCAGCCAUCACCACCGAAGCAACCAAGAUUCAGGACCCUUCCUAUAUCCGGUGUUUCCGUGCGAAUCGACGGGGAGCACACGAGUACUCUUCAAAGUGACUUCCAUGUGUCGCCGGAUCGCUCUCUUUCGAGAACACUGCCGAUAUCUGGGGUAUCUAUACGAACAAACUCCACGCCCAUUCGAUCUCCUGCAGAAAUAUAUCGCAAAUCUUUUUCGGGUGGUGGACGUUUCUUAGCUCGAAGGCACUCAAUGGGUGCGUCCGAACAGAUUGAAAGACGUCGAGAGCUCGCACGUCGAAAGUUUGAUCUUGCUCAACAAAACCGUGCUCAAUGCGCAGCAAGAAGGAAGAGGAACAAUGGUAUGAGAAAAAGUGAAACUGCAGAAAAGUUGCAGAAAGGCAAAAAGAAAACUACCCCAUGUAGAUCACCAUACAAACACUCCAAAUUAACAAAGGAUCAAUCAAAAGCUCCGAGCUAUACAGUGGUUAAGGUGAAGAAAGAAGCCUCUACAAAUUCAAAUCAGUCACCAUGUGCUAGCAAUGCAUGGAGAGGAAAAAUUAAAAGAUUUAGCGAUUAA